UCCCAAAAGUCAAAAUGUUCCACUGAAGUCCUUUCCAUUUUUCGUUCCUUGAGUUCAUCAUUUGCUCCCUUAUAACUCCUGCAACCUCAACAUUUCAUCCAUCAUCCUCACCCUUCCCUCUCUUUCUCUCCCUCUGUCUAGCUUUCUCUCUAUUUCCCUAUUUUGCUCUGUUGGAGUUCUUCAUUUCAUAUGUUGAGGCUAUUUCAUUUCAAUUGGGAAAGCUGAUUGGAACCAUAAAUGGCGGCAUCAACCUCCGGAAGAUCGUUGGAGCAAACGCCGACAUGGGCCGUCGCCGUCGUCUGUUUUGUUUUGGUUCUAGUCUCAAUCAUCAUCGAAUUAUGUAUCGAACUUAUAGCAAAGUGGUUGAAGAGGAAACACAAACGAGCUCUUUACGAAGCUCUAGAAAAGAUCAAAUCAGAGCUUAUGCUAUUGGGGUUUAUAUCGCUGCUGCUGACGGUGGGGCAAGGUCCGAUAUCGAACAUAUGCAUAUCGCAGAAAGUGGGAAGCACGUGGCAUCCGUGUAGCCCGGAGGAGGAGGCUAAGAUCGUGAAAGAAGAAGAUGUUGAAAGCCCGAGUAGGAAACUGCUGGCGGCGUUUGAAUCUGGUUAUGGAGGUGGAAGCGCACGCCGCGUUUUGGCGGCUGCUGGCACCGACAAAUGUGCAGCCAAGGGAAAAGUUCCAUUCAUAUCUGCGGAUGGUAUUCAUCAACUGCAUAUAUUUAUCUUCGUCUUGGCUGUUUUCCACGUACUCUAUUGCAUUCUCACUAUGGCUUUAGGAAGAGCCAAGAUGAGAAGUUGGAAGAGGUGGGAAAAAGAAACAAGAACGGCUGAAUAUCAAUUUUCACACGAUCCAGAGCGGUUCAGAUUUGCAAGGGACACAUCUUUUGGGAGAAGACAUUUAAGUUACUGGACCAAAACACCUUUUCUCAUGUGGAUUGUUUGUUUUUUCAGACAAUUUGUUAGAUCAGUUCCCAAAGUUGAUUACUUGACCUUGCGGCACGGGUUUAUCAUGGCACAUUUGGCACCUCAAAGCCACCAAAAAUUCAAUUUCCAAAAGUACAUAAACAGAUCACUCGAAGAGGAUUUCAAGGUGGUAGUGGGAAUCAGCCCUCCAAUUUGGGGUUUUGCCGUGGUCUUUCUACUCUUUAAUACUCAUGGCUGGUAUUCUUAUCUUUGGCUACCCUUUAUCCCACUAAUUAUCAUUCUAUUAGUGGGAACCAAGCUACAAGUGAUCAUAACCAAAAUGGGUCUUAGAAUCCAAGAAAGAGGAGAAGUUGUGAAGGGUACACCAGUUGUUCAACCUGGUGAUGACCUCUUCUGGUUUAACCGCCCUCGCCUCAUUCUCUACCUCAUCAACUUCGUUCUCUUUCAGAAUGCCUUCCAACUUGCGUUCUUUGCAUGGAGUUGGUAUGAAUUUUCUUUGAAAUCUUGCUUUCACGAGCAUACUGAGGAUAUCAUCAUCAGAGUUUCAAUGGGGGUCCUCAUACAAAUUCUCUGCAGUUAUGUCACUCUCCCACUUUAUGCCCUUGUCACACAGAUGGGCUCUACUAUGAAACCAACAAUAUUCAACGAGAGAGUAGCCACAGCUCUACGCAACUGGCAUCACACGGCUAAGAAGCACAUCAAACACAACAAAGGCUCCGUAACCCCAAUGUCUAGCCGACCAGGCACUCCAUCCCACCAUGCUUCCCCCAUCCACCUCCUCCGGCAUUACCGCAGCGAGGUGGACAGCUUCCACACAUCACCGAGAAGAUCAAACUUUGACGUUGAACGUUAUGAAACCGACUCACCCUCCCCCUCGCACCACCUCCACAUAGAUGGUUCGUUCUCUCACCAACACCAAGUCGAAGUAGGGAACAUGGAACAUGAUCGGGUGGAUGCCAACGAACCCAACUCGGUUCAUGCGGCUCCCGCUAGCGUUAGAGGUUCGCAAUCGACUCCCGCCCAACACGAAAUUAAUAUUGGACCGCCCAAGGACUUUUCAUUUGAUAAGAGACAAGGUGCUGUAUAAAUAUGUGGACAUACACGUUGGACAUUGAGUUGCAUUGCCAUUAGAGGUUGAUGGUUACAGCGACCAUGACGAUGAUGAUUACAACCACGACGGCGAUGCUAUAAUUGGAGACACUUGGAUAGCCAUAGAUUUUGCAUACCUUGUAUAUCUUCAUUUACUUCUUUUCUCCUUUAUUUACUUCAAAAUUUGGCAGGAAAUGGAGAUGUAUACUAUAGUGAACAAUUCAAUUGUACUUUUACUACCACCAGUUGAUCAUUUGUUCUGUAAGUAAA